GCGGGGUCUUAGCUUCAGUAGGAAUUACGAGUGGUCUAAAGGCUGCACUGUCUAUAUUCUUGAUCACCUCUGCAAAGCUAGAUUCAUCUCCUAGACUCGUUAUUACAUGUGAGUAGAGUUUCGUAAGUCUCUCCGGGGAUUUUUUCCCGGGUUCUCUGGUUUUCCUAGGCCUCAUCACUCCACAAAAGCGGAUCUUUCUUGGUGUAACAAGGUACCCGAUGCAGAUUUCAAUCCAAUAAAGGUUAUCAUUCUCAAGGAAAUGACACGUGGUCUGAAAUGGGAAAAAAUUUUGCCAAAGGAAAAACGCUGUUGGUAAUUGAGGGAAGCUAAGCUACACGACGCUAUAUUCUUGGGAUAUGAUAAGUGAAAAGUACAGUACAAAAGCGGAUACGAUAGGAUAUAAUAACAGAUCGCGGCACCAACAAGAACAACAUCAGCCACAGCAACAGCAACAACAACAACCACAGCAGCAACGACAGCAACAGCAGUAACAACAGCAACUGCAGUAACAACAUCUAGCAACAACAGCAGGCAACACUAGCAAGAGCAAGAGCAGCAGCAGUAACAACAGCAGUAACAACAUCUGGCAACAACAGCAGGCAACACUAGCAAGAGCAAGAGCAGCGGCAGUAACAACAGCAGCAGCAGUAACAACAGCAGUAACAACAUCUGGCAACAACAGCAGGCAACAAUAGCAAGAGCAAGAGCAGCAGCAGCAGUAACAACAGCAGCAGCAGUAACAACAACAGCAGCAACGGCAAUAGCAGCAGCAAGGACAACAAUUACAGAACAAAAGCUCGGAUACGUGCACAACGACAUGCAGUAACAACAUCGAGAAUUUCAAAAAAUCGUGUCAGGAACGAGCAAAAACACAAAAAGUAAAGAGAAUUAUUGGUUGCAUAGUAACGAAUAACUGUCUUCUCAGAGCCACCUUAUUUUACCAUGACAACGGUAUCACUUAUCAACGGCUCGAUAACAAACAGCUCAAAGCCACAGCUACCUCCCAAGAUACAAACCGCGCGAACCGCUUCGUGUUUUGUCCUGGUCGUCCUUCUGAUCUUCGCCUUGUUUGGUAACAUUCUUGUCUGGGUUGCUUUCCUGUCCGUUAAGCGGCUUCAAAAAGUUACCAACUACUACAUCGUUUCCUUGGCGACGGCCGAUCUCCUGGUCGCUACAUUUUCUAUUCCAGUAUGGAUCCUCAUUACGCUGUCCCUUGUUGACCCCAAAUCACUAGCGUACAGAGUAUGGCUUGUUUUUGACAUUGCAUGUGGGACUGCAUCUAUUUUGAACUUGACAUUCGUUAGUUGUGAUCGGUAUUUAGCGAUCACUCGUCCCUUUUCCUACCACACUAUGCUGUCUCCACCAAGAGUCUUAGCAACGAUUGCAUUUUCAUGGAGUUUUGCAAUCCUUGUGGCGAGUUUGAGAUUCCGGUUCACGCGCUAUGAAUACCCUGUAAUCGUUGCAGUCACGUCAUUCUUUAUCCCAACUAUCAUCAUGAUGUUCACCUACUCGUGUAUAUUCCUUGUUGCGCGCCGCCAUGCGCGCGUCAUCAACGUCAUCAGCGGCAAUCAACCAAAGAAUAAAUUCAGCUACGUCACAGAAAUGAAAGCAGCAAAGGYUAUCGGGGUGGUGAUUGGUGGAUUCCUGGUCUGUUGGGCGCCGUUUUUGCUGACCAACCUCGCUCUUGUUUACUGUUCUUCAUCUGGAGCUUCGUUCCCGAUUGUAGCAGUAUAUAUCAUAAAGCUCUUACAGUACACUAGCAGUGCUUUGAAUCCGUAUGUCUACACUUGCUUAAACUCCGAGUUCCGAAUCGUGGUCAAGAGAAUUGUUUGUGGGCGAUGUGCGAAGCCUCCUCUUAUCAGGUCCUCUCGAAGUAGCGUGCAGAUGAAUGAACUGGGCACUAGUAACUUGAAAACUUUGGGAAUGCCCAGUGAGACACAGAAUGACUUGGGUAAUUGUGUAAAGAUUUAAUGGUUCGUCGAGCUAGAGCCGUAUGGCUAUGCGCUUUCUAGUUAUUAAAACAAUCAGCUGCUGUUAUAUGCUUAUAUAUCGAGAUAUUUAGUUUGCUUUCAAUAGAAGUCAUAUUUUUUACUAGUCUCGAAUGAAAUUUCGAUAGGACAUGACGCGGGCAGUGUUUCGCCUAUGUUAUUAGCGUUCAUGAGAUUCAUUCAGCUGAUUGAUACACAGAAUACAGAAUACUCUCUGGUUGAUAGUGAUAGCACAUGACGGGCAAGGUUUGCUUGUCAAAUUGUAGACCUCAUGAGAUUCAUUCAGCUGACUGCAUGAUUCACAGCAUUCAGAAUACUUUCUGGUCGAAAGCACAUGACGGGCAAGGUUUGCUUGUCAAAUUGUAGACCUCAUGAGAUUCAUUUAGCUGACUGAUUCACAGCAUUCAGAAUACUUUCUGUUUGAUAGCACAUGACGGGCAAGGUUUGCCUGUCAUUGCAAGCUUGUAAUGAUAUUAUUCAUCAAAUCAGAUCGAAUAAAACUAUCAGGAAUAUGUAUCAUUUAUCAGUAACAAAAACGAUAAAAUAUAACCCUGUUAAACUACAUUGUAUGACACACAAAAUAUAUUAGCUAUCAGACAAAUCAAUUUGGUUAGUUUUACCAUGAAUCGCCGGAGCAUUCGAAACCCUUGUUGAUUUUCCUAGAAAUAAAAUGAACAAAUCA